AUGGCUCCUCCCAAUUCCCUGAGAGACUUGCUUCACCUGGUGCAACCGCCCUACCGGAAGAAGGACUUGGAGGCCAUUGAAGCGCGCCUUUGUAGAGUUGGCAUCACCAGUGUAGCCGAACUGCAGGUGGCGGUGCGUGGCAAGACUUUGGGAGAGAUGUUGCAGCGCAGCGGCAAGCCGCUGCCCGCGCACACCUUGGACACCUUGGCCUCAGUGGUGGAGGGCGUAGCUGAUGGCUCAGUAGGCGCGCCCCCACGCGACCGAAGUAAGGAGGAGUUCCCGCGGAUGCAUGGCCUCUCUCAUAUUCGAAGAUCACCCAGGUGGAGCUUCAAGCAAUCCAGCGACUUCGAGCGUCGCUUUCUUCCGCCUGGCCCCGGCACGUACCACCUGGACGACGGGAGCGAAGCGGUGAACGCCGUGUCCAGAUAUCAGAAGGGGCCCAUCUUCUCCUUCGGUUUGUCGGGUCGGGAUCCCAUCGGCAAACAGAAAAUCCCUGGCCCGGGGGCGUAUGAGUUGGCUCAGGAGGCCGGUCUCUCAGCCUCGAAGUGGACCAUGACGCCGCGCCGCGAGUGCCACGGCCGCGGCGCGGCCGGGGCUCUGGCAGCCGGCGCUGGAGAGCCAGGGCCCGGGAAGUACGACUUGGAGGAGACCUUUGGGAAGAGUGCCAAGUAUACCGCUGGUCAGAAAUUCGACAUGGGCAAGACUCGUGUCCUUCCUGGGCCUGGGGACUACUCCCAGGCUGAUUUCUGGGACCCAAAAAAUGGGACUCUGCACUUCUGCACUCUGGGAAUCAUGGCGGAGCACAUGCAGCUUGCAACUGAAGAAGCCCAGGAGAUGCUGUUGGAGGAAAUUCCAGAAAGUCCCAGCACCAAACCAAGGCACUGGUACCUUGCUGGUGCCGGCCUUGCCCUGCUUGUGGUGCUUGGAGUGGCCGCCAAGGUUGUGUACCGCUCACCUGAGACCUUGCUGCAGUCCAAGAACUUCGACAUCAACACUGUCCAGGAAUGGGAGCAGAUCCCUGGAAUCGACCAGGUGGUGGAGCAUGCCAAGACUUUGGAGUUGAAGCAGCCGUUGCGAAAUCUUAACGACCUCUUCUACGAAUCUCAACCGGAAGAGCUUCCUUGGAUCCGCACCGAGUGUGUCAUUGAUGUGGUUCAGGGAGCUGCUUACUUGGGCCAGGCUGUGGUCUUCCUUUACAAGGCGAUCAAAUAUGAUGGAAUUCGAUGCCCAGACAAUUCCCCGGCCGGUUGUGCUGCGAGUAUUGCUGGGUUCAUCACCUCAGUGACUUGGAUUGCCUCCUACCUGUCCUUCGCAGCAAACGCAUGCGGUGCAGCGGUGAACUCUGGUGCCCUUUGUGCUGGCGACUGGACUGCUUUGAUGGCCAACUUCGGUGAAAUGGCCACUGUAGGAGCGGCUGUGAAGGAGGACUGCGACUUCAACAAAGACUGGCUUGCUCUCCUCAAGAUCACUGGCACUGAUGAUGCAGGACCAGGAUGGAAGACGUUCGUCCCGGCUGGUGCUUUGCCCACAGUUGAGACUGUCCAGAAGGUCGAUGCCCUCCGAACUGCUGACCGAAACCGUGCCUUUGACCUCACCCAGUGCGUCGUCGCAGAUGUGACCAACGCGGCCGCUUACAUCGUGCGAGCCAUUCUCCAGAUCCGCUCGGCCGCAUCGGCCUGCCCAGAGCCAAAGGCCUGUGCCAUCAACAUCAUGAAUAUCAUUUCCUCGUUUGCCUGGAUCUCCCAGUUCACGUCGCUGGCUGUGUCUGACUGCUGGGACAAGGGAAGUCAGAAGGCCUUGUGCGCGGCCGACAUCUCUGACAUGGUUGCAGCGGUGACGAACGGUCCUGCUGCAGGCAUUGCAACCACCUCCGAUUGUGCAGACAUGCCAGACCCGGUUGAAGAGGAGAAACACUUGCCAAUGGACUAAGUCCGGGCCUGUCUUCUUGAUACCAAUGCCAUGGUUGGCCACCGAACUUGACAUGAGGUAGGAUCUCGACUUCGUAGCUGCGUUUAGGCGCGUACUUUGCCAGGGAUCUUCCCUCUUGAAUUCGUCCAGUUGGGGACUGGACCUGCUGAUGGCCGGGACAGAUUGAGCGAAAGCUGUUUCAUCUGUUUUGACCUUGAUGCAACUUCUUUGCACGCAACACCAUGUUGCCACCUGCUCUAACGAGCAGUUGGUGGGACUUGUACUAUCUUGUACUCAUUGAGAACCUUCACUUCUUGGGAGAAA